UGCAUCACUUGUAAGAGGUCAGAUACAGAACAUACACCUCGGGCUCCAACGAGCUGGCCAGCUUAGGCAAGAGUGUCAGCUUGCUUGCAAGAACUUUGGCAUUGGAGCUAGUAGAGGUCUAGCUGUUGCAAGAGCAACCGGAUGCAAGAUGAUGGUCGGGAGAAACUUGAGCGGCGGAGCUGCUGCAGCAUGCCUUCUGGUUCCGCUGCUCAUCCUCGUCGUGCUCAAGACCGAUUGCGUGCCGCAGAUUACUCGCCUUAGAGAGACCAGCAUUGCCCAAGUUUCAGACUUUUUUGUUUCCAUACGACCAUAUGGCCAGGUUCCACUAUCACAAGAUAAUAGAACAGCAAGUAACCAAGUUCACCAUCCAGGUGAAGUUUGGGAUGAAACGGUUCACAAGGUUUCACCUUCAGGCUUAGCGAGCCAAGGAACAUGGCAGCAGCAGCAACCACUCGACGCGGUCAAGUUAAAAGUUGCGGAUGAUUCGGUCGCCGAAGCACCACCAUCUCCCGCAUCAAAAGACGAGAUCGCCGGCGAUGGCGGCGUCAAUGAGAUCAAAGAUGUGGCAGCACCAAGAAGCAAGUUAAGCUGCAACUUCAGCGGCGAGCGCAUGGACAUCUGCGCCAUGGAAGGCGACGUCCGUAUGCACGGCAAAUCCGCCACCGUCUACUUACUCGCAGCCUCCGACGACAGUUACCAGCCGGAGAACGGGACGGUAACGAUCCGGCCGUACCCGCGCAAGUGGGAGAUACCGACAAUGGAGAUGAUCCGGGAGCUGACCAUCCACUCGGGCGACACGGACACCGUGCCAGUCCCGCCACAGUGCACGGUGACGCACGACGUCCCCGCGGUGGUCUUCUCCACCGGUGGCUACAGCAGGAACUUCUACCACUCCAUGACCGACAUCGUCAUACCACUCUACAACACGGCACGGGAGUACGAAGGCCGUGUCCAGCUCGUCGCCACCGACUACAGCCGCGAGUGGGUCUCCAAGUACCGCCACGUCCUCGCCGCACUCUCCGUCUACCCGGUCAUCGACUUCGAUGCCGACGACGCAGUGCGCUGCUUCCCGUCGGCGCAUAUCGGCAUCGAGAGCCACGAGGAGCUAGGGAUCAACCCGACCCUGUCUCGCAAUGGGUACACGAUGAUGGACUUCCGAGACUUCCUCCAGUCAGCCUAUUCGUUGAAGCGCUCGAAAAUGACCCCCGUGAGCCGGAGCUCCGGGAAGAGGCCUCGCCUCGUGAUUAUGCUGCGGCGGCACUCGAGGGCGAUCACCAACGAGGCGGAGGCCGUCGCGGCCGCAAGCAAGGCUGGGUUCGAGGUAGUGGCCGCCGGGCCGGAGGCAGUCCGGGACAUGGGCCAGUUCGCCGAAGUGGUGAACUCGUGCGACGUGAUGGUAGGCGUCCACGGCGCUGGGCUCGCCAACAUGUUGUUCCUCCCGCACAACGGCACGGUGGUGCAGAUCAUCCCGUGGGGCGAGAUGAAGUGGCCGUGCUGGCACGAGUUCGGCCGUCCGGUGCCGGACAUGGGGCUCCAGUACGCCGAGUACGAGGCUACGGCCGAGGAGACGACGCUCAAGGAGGUCUACCCGAGGGACCACGCCGUCUUCACCGACCCUUUGUCCAUACACAAACAGGGAUUCGGCAUGGUCUGGUCCAUCUUCCUCAACGGACAGAACGUCACCCUUGACGUCGAUCGCUUUAGAGGGCUCAUGCAGCAAAUCUACCAGUCCGUCACUAUCACAUAGAUCACGUACACUUACCUGGAUUUAAUAUACUGCAUC